UAAAACCCGAAGAAGAAGAAGCUGAAGAAGAAGUGAAACUUUCAGUUUGCUAUCGCUUUUUCCAAUCGCAGGUUGUGGUUGAGUUUCGUGUCAAUAUUUAUAACUGAGACGUUACAGUUACUCCAAGCAAACAUUAGAGACUCACUGGUUCCUACAUGUGUGUUAUUUCUAAUAGUGGAGGUCAAGGAGGAGAAAUACUGUACACCAUGAAAAGAGCAACAGCUUAAGGACGUGCCCUGUUUCUGCCAAGAGGCAGAGAUAAUCCCAGAAAUGCAACAACUGCAGAAUGUGGAGGAUGUGCCCAGUCUUAUCUCAGAGGCUUUGUGCUGUAAUGGUGAAGCUCAGCACACAGAACAAACUCUGUUACAGGUGUGUACAGUGAAACUGGUGGACUUCAGGAAAAUACAGGGACUGAAUGCAAAAAAAACAUCAGAAGGAAAUUUUCCUACUGGAGUUCCAGGUAAAUCCAAUUUUUAUGGAGACCAGCAGAAAUUGCACGCUCAGUUAAAAAUGUGUUCUGUGAGACUGGUGGAUUGUAGAAAAAUACAAGCCAGAAAAGCAACAGCUGAGGGGGAACCAGAAAGUGGCGAUUAUGAUCAUGAAUACAACAGCAGUGAUUUUAUUUCCUCCAGCGGGUCCAGCAAGUCAUCUUCUGACGAAUGGGAUCAACCUACCUCUCAAGAACAAACGAUCAAACGAAAGAGCCUUAGAAAAGUUACGUUUGUGAAGGGCUCCUUUGCAUUACAUCAUAGAGGCAAACAUACUGUACUUCCAAUGGGACAAAGGACGUAUCAGUGCAGUCAGUGCAACAAGAGUUUCAGUAGUUCUUCGAGCUUGAGAAGGCAUCAGAGAGUGCAUGCAAAAGGGAAGCCUUACAACUGCACACAGUGUGGAAAAAUGUUUACACGAAGAUCACGCCUGCAGAUUCACCAGAAAGUGCACACUGGGGAGAAGCCUUACCAGUGCACACAAUGUGGAAAAAUGUUUAGACAGAAAUCAGGCCUGCAGAUUCACCAGAGAGUGCACACUGGGGAGAAGCCUUACCAGUGCACACAAUGUGGAAGAACCUUCUCACAAAGUACACAACUACAGAGACACCAGAUAGUGCACACCAAUGUAAAGUGUUACGGCAACUCUCAGUCCGACAAUUCGCAGGUGUCAAAUAUUAAAGCGCGUGAGGAGUGUUUACGUUGCAAACAGUGUGGAAAACAAUUCUCGAGCUCAUUAGGUUUACAGAGGCAUAAGUAUGCACAUACUCAAAAGACGAAUCAGUGCUCUGAGUGUGGUCAACAGUUCCGACAUUCUUUGUCCCUUAAAAUUCACAAGAGAAUACACACUGGGGAAAAACCGUACAAGUGCUCUCAAUGUGAUAAGACAUUUCUAAGUUCUUCAUGUCUUAUAGUACACCAAAGGCUACACACUGGACAAAAGCCUUACCACUGUGACCUGUGUGGAAAACAGUUUUCACAGUCAACACAUCUGCGAACCCACCAGAGGGUGCACACCGGAGUCAAGCCUUACAUCUGCGCUCAGUGCGGCAAGUCUUUCACUCAGUCAUCACAUCUUAAAGUGCACAAGCUAUUGCACACUGGACAGAAGCCUUACUGCUGCUCCACCUGUGGCAAAGGAUUCAGAACAUCCAGUCACCUUAAGCUGCACCAGAGGAUACACACUGGGGAAAAGCCGUACCGCUGCUCUGUGUGCGGAUGGUGUUUCACUCAGUCCCACAGCCUUAAAGAGCAUCUGAGAAUACACACUGGAGAGAAGCCUUACCAGUGCUCUAAAUGUGAUAGAGUAUUCAGAGAGUAUAGCAGCCUUAAAUACCAUGAAUAUCUGCACCACUGAGGUGAACCUUACGUUUGCUCUUACCUUCAAGUGUGAGCUGAACUAUGCUGUUAAUGAAGGUCUCACCAGUUAUGUAUGGUGAUACUUUGUGUUUUGAAACCCUUCAAAAGACUGGGCAAAAUGAUUGUAUACCCAAUUAUUAAUAUUUCCCACUCAAGCAAGUAAGAAAUUUCCCACUGUAAGAAAAAUAAUUGUCAAUAUAACCUUUUAUGCUUUAUAAUUAUUACUUUUCACAUUUUUUUUUUACAUAAAUGCUUUCAACUUGUCAUUAAGCACAAUCAUGUUUUAAAAAUAUUGUGUUAAACUAUUCAUUUUAGUCAUAAUAACACUUUCGUGUGUAGUGGAAAAUUUUAUUUGCAUGUAUCAUUAGUUUUUAUGUCUUGACAAGUCACGAAGAAAAAGAUGUUUUGUGAAAACAGUUGCUGUUGCUCAUGGAGGAAAACAAGAAGUGAAAUAAGCCCAGUUCUUGUUAUCGUUAGCACAAAGUGUUUCAAAAGUCAGCUAAAACAGAAGAAGAAGAAUAUGCCAAUGCCUAGUAACUGGGAGUAAAAGAAUGACGCACGUAAGCAUAACCAAUAAAAUUAGAGCAAAACACUUAACAAUAAUAGGCAGAAUUAUAACCUUGUGUAAUUAUGUCCAUAAAAGGUGAUAAAAUGCUCUAAAGGGAUGAAAAACAGUGUAUAAAAGGAGCACCAGAAAGGGGAAGCACCUCUUCUGAGUGCAGGACUUUUGUAUUGUAUAAAUAAAUAAAUUUUAUACUCUUGCUUCUUCUGCUCAA